AGAACUUGGAUAGCGAGCAGCAGCUAUAGCACAGUACAGCACAGCGUUGCAUCUCACGCACCAACCAUGAAGCCCACUCUCCCCAACUGCGGAGCUAGACGUCUCCCUCUGACAUCGAAACAGGCCAAAAAAGACUUUUACAAAGGUACUGGUCAGGCCUUUGCUCCUGGUGCAGGUGUUCGAACAGGAGCUCCCGGAAAACAUGUUCUCCGAACGAGGGGAUAUAAAUUGGACGAUGAGAAAGUCAGAGUGUUCGUCGCUCCUCCGCUGAGCCUUUUGAACGAGACCAAUCUCAAACCAUACGUUGACCGUAAUCACGAGCGACCGAGAUCUCAACUAUCAGCCCUGAAGCUCUCUGCUCCCCCAUCGGGAUUUAGAGUGUUUCAACGGCACGCAUUGAGGAUCGCACCGGAAAUGAGACCAGAUGUCAGAUCCCCAUGGUCAAAAGUCAGACAAUACGAAGCGAGUCUAGGAAAAGGGGCACCGAAAGGCAGUGCGUCAAGGAUACAAGAGGAUCGAAAGAUGCUGCAGGAGGAGCUGGAGAUGAUAGAAGCGGAUUGGGGGAAUGAGAGUGACGAAAUGUUCUCCACGUCUUCUUCAUCUUCCCGUUCAUCAGCGUUUUCUUCUUCUUCUUCUUCCUCCUCCUCCUCCUCCAACAUCACCGCUUCGGAUGAAGCGGAUUUCUCACCGAUCGCUCCUCUUUCAUCCGAUUACCCAGGAUAUCUCGCCAAAGACGUCCAGGGUGUACCACAACCUUUCCUCCAGAUGAACAUUGAUCAACUUGAAAAAUAUCAAAGCGCCAACCCUUAUCCUCCGACAGGCUGGGAUAGACAACAUGAAAUGUACUACCGGAGGUUGAAAUGGAAGAAACUACUCAGUCCUCGACCUGGAUCUGUCAACCCUUUGUUCUGGGACCAUUGGAAGAGUUUGUCAGAGGAGCAAAAAGAGGCCUACAACUUUAUCGCGAAACGAUUGUGGUGGGAUCGAUGUGCGAUGGAAACGCAGAAGGCAAGUGGGUGGGAAUCGGAGCGACUGCAGACAACGAGCGUGUAGUUGGGGAAACGGCAAUUCAACGAUCACAAAAGACU